GGCACGAAAGCGCCCGUGGUUUCCAGAAGGAAUCCGACGCAGGCGAGCCCAGCGCCCAAACCCGAGUAGCAAUAUAUCCCUUUCGUCUCGCGCAGCCCCACCUCCCCUCCCGAUCACCCCGUGCGUCGCCGUGCUUCUUCCCCGUCCACUCGCCGCGUCGCCGUCCGCCUCCUCCUCCUCACCCACUCGCCGCCCCGGCCGCCGUCCGCCCUCCGCCGGCGUCGCGUCCCUGCAGGCAGACCGCAGAAGGUAGGUGGUCGGCUGCGAUGGCGCGCGUGUACGUCGGGAGCCUGGACCCUGCUGUGACGGCCCGGGAGCUCGAGGACGAGUUCCGCGUGUUCGGGGUUCUCCGGAGUGUAUGGGUUGCAAGGAAGCCACCUGGUUUUGCAUUUGUUGAUUUUGAUGACAGGAGGGAUGCUCAGGAUGCAAUUAAAGAUUUAGAUGGCAAGAAUGGUUGGAGAGUUGAGCUGUCUCGUAAUGCCAGCAGUGGUCGUGGUGGUCGUGAUCGAUCUGGUGGAUCUGAGAUGAAGUGUUAUGAGUGUGGCGAGUCUGGUCACUUUGCCCGUGAGUGCCGUCUGAGGAUUGGUUCUGGGGGCCUAGGCAGUGGAAGGCGUCGCAGCAGGAGUCGAAGCCGUAGCCGCAGUCGGAGCCCUAGGUACCGCAGGAGUCCAAGCUAUAGCAGAAGAAGCUACAGCCGCUCUCCAAGGCGUCGUAGUGUGUCACCGGCUCGUGGGCGCAGUGUGAGCAGGUCACCAGUCCGUGGACGUGACGAAUCACCUGCCUAUGGCAAUGGGUAUCGCCGCAGCAGGAGCUAAAGCUGUAUGUUAUGUCUGGAGAGUGUUCUGUUGCAAAUAUUGCUCUAUACCCGUCAGCUAUGAACAGUGUCAUGUCCCCCAUUUGAAACAUCCGUCAUCGACUGCUUGAGUUUGGUUAAGUUCCCCAUAACUUUUACCGCAGUAUUAUGGUUGUGUUUGAUUUCAUCUCUAGAUAAACUUAUGGAUGGGUGUAUCAUUAACUAAGACCAGCUGUCUUUUCUUUUGUGUGUUAAAAAGGCAUCGUCCUGCACUGCUUAAAAGCGUCGGCCGGCUACGGCUUUGAGUUAUGUCUUCAUGGUUUUGCUCUUCGCUCUUCGUUCAUCCUUCGCCCUCGCCUGCUCCAUGCAAACUGCGUAUUAGUUCCUGCAGACGACCCCUCUGCGUCGCGUGUUCUUCGUUGAAGAUGCUGCUCGUCAAAAAGCAGUAACGACCUUUCUUCUUUUGCAAAUUGGUAAGGUUUGAUUGUGCUGAUAAAUGCAGCUUCUGGAAGUAUUAGAAGCGCAAAUUUCUUUGUAGGACGAGUCUCCAGAAGCUGCAUCUGCUUGCUUCUCUGGGACUGACGGCAAGGUAUUUAGUUGAAUGGCCUGCACCCUUGCCUCCGAGCCCCAUGGCAGGUGAUGAGGUCAUGUGAGGGGCAAUUAUACCUGGGUAAGUAUUGCAGGAGGUGCAAGCCUUUCUAGACUGCGGUGCUGAGUUGGGCAGUUGGCAUCGUUCUUCAUGCUCUUCGUUCUCAACUUAUCCCCAACAUGCAGCUGAUCUUCUCCACAUUCUGCUUUCUUCACUGCACCUGCGAUUGAGACUCCUCGGUAGCUUGUAUCUUCCAGUCACAUUCCGUUGCUGUUGGAUGCAACAUAUUCGUCAAUAGGUUUAUUCGAAUAAUUUGGUUGAGCCUGCAUUUGUGAACCUGAAUUUUCAGAUCCUAGAUUGUUCUGACAUUUGAGUAAUUUGGUUGAGCCUGCACUUCUGUUUUCAA